AUGAACACCUCGAGCUCUUGGACGCUUUACGAUAUCACGGGUCGAGAGACGAAGAAGUUCUUGCUCGAGGGUACAAAGAGCGAGGUUUUGUUCGAGUUGCGGACCUACGGAGAGAGCGAAUCAGAGCCGGAGAAGUGGAACUGGAGAGGUCAGCUCUUCCAAAUAUACGACCAGGCAGGUACUGAAACGAAUUUCGACUACGACUUCACAAGUGCCCUAGUCACCCACAGAGGCAGCUUGCGUUCGCGUACAGUUCAACUCUGGACUGGAACGACGCGGGACGCAUCGUGCUGGACCCGGACAUUAGACACUGAGGGGACGCAAAAAUGCUCUCGGCCAGGUCACCUGCUCCCGGAGUCCGGACAGAAGUAUAUCUUGCGCUAUACUUACAACGACGCCGGACUUCCGGAGACGAUCGAGGCAAAUGUCAGAGGCGAGAAGAGGGCAGCCGGAGAUCUCUUGUGGGAAACGUAUGUCGCCGGCGUAGACUAUAACGAGCUCUCGUAUGCAACGACAGUCUACUUCGGCAACGGCCACCGUACGAUAAACGAAUUCGAUGCUGUUACACUGCAGUUGACAAUCCGCCGGACUCUGUCUCACCAAACCAAAGGGCCUCUUCUAAAGUCCAGCGUCCCGAGUAUGCAUACGACCCAUCCGGCAACAGAACGUCUUCUUCGCAACAGCGUGGUCAACCCGGAUGUCGAGUAUACCUACAAUCCCACGUACCGCCUCAUCGAAUCUUCAGGCCGCGAACAGCUAGGCAAGGGAAACGAUCUGCAGGGCGGGAGCAGCGGUCCGAACGCUUUAGGAGCCUUCCAGAUGUUUAAAGCUGCAUCAGAUGCGCCGAGGGAGGGUAUCGCCGUAAGCCGCUACGUCGAGACUUAA